AUGAAGGCAAUAGGGAGCCACUGCUGGCUUUUGAGCUGGGGAGGGUCUUGGCCGUGGUUUCUAGGGUCUGGAGAGCAGGGUGAGGUAACACCAGCACUCCACCAGAGGCCAGGCAUAGUGAGGCUGGCACAGAUCCCGGGUGGAAAACAGAGGGGCAUCAGGGUGAGCAGGGCCUCCUCCUGGGCCCCGAAAGCAGCCGUCUGGGUUCACAAGAAGCAUAAGGAGGAAGACUGCUGGUGUUGUAAUUCUAGAGGUGGCUAGGAGACCUCAGAAAGAAGGGCUUGGAGGUCAUGAUCUGGGUCAAGUGCAGAGAAAGGCAAAGGCUUGCUCAAGUCAUCCAGCAGGAGUGUAGCCGAGGGGUCAGGUCACAGGUGCAUGGAUGUCCCUGCUGCUGCGGUGGUGGUGGUGGGCCUGGAGACGUGGGUCUGCGCUCCCCCUAAGUCUUGCUGCCUUCAGAGGCGCAGCUCUCUGCCCACUUCCUAUAGAUGGCUGAGCUACCCCCUGUGGGUUGUGCUUGGGUGGGGGAAGAGGGAAAGAGACCCUGUUGGGACUUGCCUGCUUUCUCCACUUCGCUGCCUCCCCAUCUCACCCUGGGGAUAGGAAAGUACCUUCCUGAGUCGGAAUUUUCCCAGGGAGUUUGGCUGAGCGAGAGAGAGCACCCUGCCUCCCACCAAUUCACACAAACACCUCCCCUUCCCCUUGGGGGUUCUGUGGAGGAAGUAGCUGGAGCAGGACAAGCGGACCAGCCCUCUAGCCACAGUCUGGCCUGGUCUUCCCUGCUCUCUGUUCCCAGCGAGGCCUUUCCACAGCUGUGAAACACAGUGCUGGGGGUUUGGCAGCAUCACCUCCCAGAAGCGCUACACUACCCCGUGAGGUGGUACUGUCUCAUCUCCAUGUUAGAGGGGAAACUGCGGCUCAGAGGGUUUCAGUCACUCGCCCCAAGUCCCCCAGCCAGUAAAUGGCAGGCCUGAGGUUUGAGGCCAGGCGGUCAGACCCCACCCUCGCCUGAGGCUGUGGCCUUCUCAGUCCCAUUAAUUGUCUGUCAGGUCAGGCGGGGAUCAUUCUCCCUUUUCUGAAGGUGGGGAAACUGAGGGCAAAAAGGCGUAGAGCGGAGGUGGGUCUUGAAACCUUGCCGGGUGCUAUGCGGGCCAGCCCUCCCCCGCCUCCCCACAGCCCGAGCGCCUAUGCAAGGUUCAGCUACCCCCCGGAAGUGCUGCAGGCACCAGGACAGGACGGUGACAGCGACGCAGCAGCCGGACAGCAGCGGCCCCACAGGGCGGAUGACGGUUCUCAGAAGAGACCAGCUACGAGGCAUGGAUUGCCGGGGGGCCUUUUUCCUCUGCCUGUGCUUCAUGACUUCUCAGAGUGAGACAAUGGACACAUCCCAAGAACCCCUGCGAUGCAUGAGGAAACUGGAGACCGUAUCCCGAUACCGCAGACCGGCUCCUUUUCCUGACAUCAUCCGGGACCUGGAGAACAGCCUGUUGAACGCCAGCUUCAGGGGCAACAACCUGACCUUGCAGACACGCUCUAUCCAGUCACUGAUCUUCAAGCUGGGCUGCGGCUUCGCAGGCCUCUCACUGAACAGCACCACCAUGGAGGAGUACUCCCAGGCUGGGGUCUCCCACGCCAUGUACUUCCCUGCGGAGCUGACCAAAGACGCCUGCAGGGCCCGCCCCAGGGAGCUGCGUCUCAUCUGCAUCUACUUCUCCACAGCCUACUUUUUCCAGAAUGCCAACUCACUUGUGCUCAAUAACUACGUCUUGGGGGCCCAGCUGGGUCAGGGACACGUGAGCAACCUCAACGAGCCUAUCAGCAUCAGCUUCCAGCACAACCAGAGUCUGGAAGGCUACAUGGUGACCUGUGUCUUCUGGAAGGAAGGAGCCAGUAAACAUUACUGGGGGGUCUGGAGCCCUGAGGGCUGUCGCACAGAGCAGCUCUCACCUUCCAGGGUACUCUGCCGCUGCAAUCACCUCAGCUAUUUUGCUGUUCUCAUGCAGCUGUCCCAAGCCCCGAUCCCCAGAGAGCUGCUGGUGCCUCUCAUGUACAUCUCCCUGGUGGGCUGCAGCAUCUCCAUCGUGUCCUCACUUCUCACUAUCCUGCUGCACUUCCAAGCCAGGAAGCAGGGCGACUCCAUGACACGCAUACACAUGAACCUGCACGCCUCCGUGCUGCUCCUGAAUGUCGCCUUCCUGCUGAGCCCUCUGCCAGCCACGCCCCCUGUGCCUGGGUCAGCGUGCACAGCAGUGGCUGCCAUCCUGCACUUCGCACUGCUCAGCUGCCUCACCUGGACGGCCAUCGAAGGCUUCAAUCUCUACCUGCUCCUUGGGCGCGUCUACAACAUCUAUAUCCGCCGAUACUUGCUCAAGCUCUGUGCAGUGGGCUGGGGGGUCCCAGCCCUGCUGGUCCUGCUCCUUGUUGUUGAGAGCUCAGCAUACGGACCCUGCACAAUUCCAGUCUCCAGCAGCCAGGAAAAUGGCACGGGCUUCCAGAACAUGUCCAUGUGCUGGGUGCAGAACCGCUGGGUGCACAGUAUCCUGGUCAUGGGCUACGGUGGCCUCACGUCUCUCUUCAACCUGGUGGUGCUGGUCUGGGCACUGCGGGUGCUGCAGCGGCUGCGGGCCCGGAACGGGGUGCUGAACCCGCGGGCCUGCCGGGACAGCGUCACCGUGCUGGGCCUCACCGUGCUGCUGGGCACUACCUGGGCCUUGGCUUUCUUCUCCUUUGACGUCUUCCUGCUGCCCCAGCUCUUCCUCUUUACCACGUUCAACUCGCUGUACGGUUUCUUCCUCUUCCUGUGGUUCUGCUCCCAGAGGCGCCACUCCGAGGCAGAGAUGGAGACAGAGAUGGAGAGGUUCAGCUCCUCCCAGACGAUGCUGUAGUCGGCCUCCUUGCCCAGAAGCCCUCGUCUCUCUGGCCGCCUGCAGCCCGAGGCUCUGGGCUCCCCUGGGGAAGGUGGAAGGCCAGCUGCUGGACACCAGGGGCCCCUGUGGCCUCCAGGGAGGCUUUUCUACCUCCGUGGCUUCCCCAGGCCCAGAGUGCAGUGUGCUGCUUUGCCUCCCCUGGCUUCCUGGGGAUGGGAAGGCAGAGCCUCUUUCCUUGACUCCUGAGGAAGGUGGCCCGUGGCCAGGUGGCCCUCUGAUAAUUGGGUAGGUUUGAAUUGCCCCUGGUAGACGUGACCGUAUGGAGUCUAAAACCAAGCUUAGGCUGCAAUUGUGGAGAAUCAGCAUUGCCCUUGACCUCUGUCCGAGCAAGAGGGAGAGGGCUCCUAAAGCCAGCUCCAUUCCUGGGCUGCACACCGGGGGGAGCUGUUGGCCUGUGCACAGUAGCCAUUGGCUCACCGAAUCCUAUCUGGAAAUACUGCCGCCUGUCUGGGGACAUGACACACCAGAUGGAGGGGUCCGGCUUCUGGGACUGCUCCUGCUGAGUGACCGAAGAAAGGAUUCUUGCACUGUUUGCACACCCAUUUCUCUUUUCCCAACGCAGCUGUUCUCUCUGGGUCUUGGGGUCUUGGGCAUCCAUGGCGCUAGAGCAGGUGGGCUGGGGGAGACACUCAGAGCCCCGCUGCAGGCCAUCGGACAGGUAAUAACGACUGUGGAUGGCAUGGUGAGGGUCCUGGAGCCAGAUAGCCUUUUCUCCUGGGGGAGGGGUGGGGAUCCUCUGCUCUCUGUUUAGUUCUGGAUGCCCAUAGCCCUUGGCCAGCUGGUGAGUGCUGUAGGCUCUGGAACCCAACUGCCUGGGUUCAAAUGGCCUUACCAUUUGCUAGCUGUGUGACAGACCACUUAAGCUCUCUGUGCCUUAGAUUUAAAUCUGUAGAGUAGGGGCAGUUGUGGUGCUGAUUUUGAAGAUGAAAAAAAGAA